CAUGUUUUUGCAUUUGAAGCUCUGCGUGUGAUGCUCGACGAUGUGACGUGUUUGUCGUUGCCGUUGGUCGCACGUGGGCCUAUCGCUCUCAGCUUUGAUACUGGGCUUACUCGGGGGGACUGUCAAUUCACUGUUCAUAACCCCCACCACCUUCUACAUAGCCACCCCAGCCCCCAAGCUUGCUUGUGUGAUCUUCAAGAGCAUACGGUAAGGGUCAUCUAUCCCGGCCAUGACACCGGAGCUGGCGAGUCCAAGCUCGUCGCCAUACUCUUCGAGGCCAUCCGGCGCCGCCCUGCCGUCACCGCCACCUAUGAGUAGCCACCGGCCGAGCUGCUCCACGGGAAGAGCCCUAAUGACUUGAGGCAAUCUCUCUCCAGGAGCAGGAGCGCACCCGCCUCCUCGCCGACCUGACCGGGACCCCCUUCCUGCUCCCUGCCGCCUGUGUCGUCGCCACGGACCCCGUCGUCGGUCGAGCCGCCCCACGAGAUAUCCCGACAGCGCCGUGCUCGGCUGCCACGUCAAGGCCGUCCGCGUCUCGGGCUCGAACUAGUUACGAGGAGAGCCUUGGCGGGCAACGUCGCAUCAGCGCCAGAUCAGCACACGGCAUCGGCUUUUAGCCGGGAAGCCUGGUUUCCCCUGGACGGAUGCAACAGAUGAUGGGCUGCGCCUCGGCCAUGUCGAACAGUCCCAAGGACCUCCAUCAACUGGUUCUCGUCGAAACAUUUCGAGGUUUGUCCGACGUCUUGGCAAUCACGACCAGACCUUGGAACACAUCAAAAAAGACCGAGAGGCAAUCAAGAAAGUGCUUGAACUCCAUUGCCGACGCCAUGGCAGCGAUCAGGCGAAAAGACCUGGACAGCCGCCGAAGCUCCGCAACCUCUACGGUCCUGUCGAUCGCGGAGAGCAUCUCGCCGAGGACGGUGCCCGCGAUCGCCCUCCCGUUUCCUGGUUAUCACUACAGCACCUUUGACACCGACUCGCUCACAGCGUCGCGACAAGCCCUCUGGCUCGACACCUCCGUGGCGAUCAGCGAAGGUGACGGACGGGAUUCAGCCCCGGGGCGUCUCAUGUCGCGUCAAAGGGGGACCACGAUGACGCGGAGAAAGCGCACCAGCCCUCCGCCCCCCAGCGAAAGAAAAGUGGGCCUUGACCCGAUUUGACUCUUGAGCCCUGCCAUGCUUCCAAUGCUGCGUAACGCCGAGUUCUGAUGCUUGCUCCUACCCUUGGCGAAAGCUUGUUGUGAGUACAAAGGCGUCACUUCCGGCAAUUGCCCACCAGCAUUGGCAGCGGGAAGCUGGACAAGGCCAAGAGGGCUAGGUAGCAACUAGAUACUUGGAUGGGCGGCUAGCUGUGGUGUAUGUGUGGGAGGCUGGGAUUGCUGGUAGGUUGUGUGGUGGUGGAGUGUCCCAGCAGGGCGGACGGCGCGCAGAGAUGCCUCAUACUUUCGGAACAUGGUUGGUAGCCCCCCGAGGACGUGGACGAGAUGAAGGACUAUCUGCUCGACAUGGAGAAAAGAAUGGGAUACGACAGUUAUACAUCAAGCCCUUGGGCACUUGAGCACCUCCGACACAUACUGGACAACUAGUAUGCAUUUCGGACACCAUGGAACUGUACCAAUACAUUGCUGUACAACUGAUGGGCAUCUACAUGGCAAUCCAGCCUAGUUGCGGCAGAGGCAUAGCAUAAACAAGCGCGGGAAUCCCGUGGCACGAGGUACUUGACAAGCACUACCCACAGUUCCGUCUUGGGAGCCGGCUUGAUCAAGGAC